AUGUUUAAUUUCAAUGAUAAUACUAGCGACUAUUUAUAUUUAUCGUCUAAUGCUCGUGCAGAAUUUGCUACCGAUAAUACAUCUCAUUAUUUACAACAGAUAACAAAUCAAGAAAUCAAUAAACUUAUUGUUUAUCAAGUUAAUCAUCAUGAAACAAUAAUAUCAAUAAUACAUUCGUUUAUAUAUAUGUCGUUGUAUUUAUUUAUUUAUCUAUGUCGUAAUAUAUUAUCAUUUUUACUUAUUAUUUAUAAAAUAAUAACUAACAAAAAUCGAUAUGAUGUGAAAAUGCAUCAAUCUGAAUUAGAAUCUGUCAAUUUAUCAAAUGAUCUUUAUGUUCAAUCAAAUAGAGAUGCACAAGCAGAAGGUCGUACAGCUUACUCAAGCGAUCAAACUAUAAUACUUUCUCCAACAGUGAUCAUCACGAAUGAUGAACAAUUAUCAAUUGAAGAUAGACAAGCACAUGAUGCAGGAGUUCUGAGAGGAAUAAACAAUAAUCGACCUACAUAUGUUAUUACAUAUAAUCAAAAUACUCAUGUCAAUCAAGAUCUAACAUUAUAUACAACUACAAACGAUAAUAUAUUUGCUCGAAAUGUACAAACUGGAGAAAAUAUUCCGUUUUUAAACAAUAAUGAUAUAUCAGAACCUGUAGUUGAUGAUCCAACAUAUAAUGUAAACCUUUUGAAUUCAGUCGAACCACAAGAUGAUAUAGAGUCCAAUGAUAGGAGUGAUGAUGAACAAGAUCUUAUUAUUAGUUCAGAAAGUGGUUUUGAUGGUGGCGAUAAAUAUGAUUCAAUAGACGAUAACGAAUCAAGAGAUCGAAUAUUACAAACUGCUGAAAAUCUCAAUAAUAAUGUUCAAAAUAACCAUCAAUUAGAUCAAACAAUAUUUGAUAAUGAGCAACGGACAAGAACAGACACACUUUUAUCACACCAUGAACCAAUUGAAAUGCAAGAAAAUGUUUCGGUUCUAAUCGAAGAUGCUCGUGCAACAAUAGAAGAUGCUACCUGUCUAAUAUCUAUAUUUAAUCAGAAGCAAACAAAUCCUACUGACUUAAAUAUUGAGUCAGAUGAAAUAAGGAUUGAUUAA